AUGGAUGGGUUUGUCGGGGAACUGCUUGGUGAAGACAGUUCUGUGGUGGCACGCAUGCAGAAGAAGUUCUGGAAGACCAAGCAGGUGUUAAUCAAAGCCACUGGCAAGAAAGAGGACGAAUAUGUCGUGGCCUCGGACGCCGACCUGGAUGCAAAGCUUGAGUUCUUUCGCUCAGUCCAGUCUACAUGCACAGAGUUGCUCAAGGUGAUUGAGAAGUAUCAGCAUAGGAUCACGCGUCUGUCCCAAGAGGAAAACGAGCUCGGCCUGUUUCUGCGCUUCCAAGCCGAGCGUGACCGCACCAAGGCUGGUAACAUGAUGGAUGCAACCAGCAAGGCCCUGUGCACCUCUGCCAAGAAGAGAAUGGCGCUUUGUGCACCGCUAAAACGUUUGCACCAGGAAGUCGAGACGUUUAGACGGCGUGCCAUUGCAGACACGCUCUUGACAGUCGGCCGCAUGGAGAAAGCUCGCACGGAAUACAGAGGCGCUUUGCUGUGGAUGAAAGACAUCUCUCAAGAACUCGAUCCAGACACUUAUAAACAGCUGGAAAAGUUCCGUAAGGUUCAAGGCCAGGUGAGGUCAACUAAGAGCCAGUUUGAGAAACUCAAGAAUGAUGUGUGCCAGAAGGUAGACAUGCUUGGUGCCAGCCGCUGCAAUAUGCUGUCACAUUCACUUUGCAACUACCAGACAACUCUGCUUCAAUUCUGGGAAAAGACAGCCCAAGCCUUGUCUGGCAUCCAUGAUGCUUUCCAGGGACAUGUACCUUACCAGUUCACCACAAUCAAGGAUCUACGGGACCCACUGGACCAAAUAGGUGCUGUGCAUCAAGGAGAGGAAGAGGAGAAAGUACUACAGGGAAACACUGACAGUUUAGUGUGCUUGGAUGACGAAGCAUCAGGAAGUGCUGCUGACACAGGUGUUUUGUUGGACCCCACCGGCAUCGAGUCGAGAGCCGAUGAUGACGACGGUGAACAAGGUGACAUGGCUUUUCUCAAAGACCUGCUUAGCCCUAGUCCGGGGACGACCGACGACUUCAGCAAAGAGUGGCAGGAUGCAUUCGGGCUCUUCGACGCACCUGUCGAGGGGCCACCACCACUGCCACAAGGCCAUUCUGCCCCACCACCGCAGGCUAUGUCCCCAAACCCUACUGGUUUUCUGCCUUCCCAGCUACUGGAUCAGAGUCUGAGUUCCACAGGCUGGUCUACCCCACCCAUGUUCCACGUCCCGCCCCUUCAGCCUCCUCCUGCACACAACCAACCAGCUACACCGGCGCCAGCUUCUUCAGCUAAUGCUACUGCAGGUGGAUCCCGAGAUAUGUCGGCUUGGUUCAAUCUGUUCGCCGACCUGGACCCGCUCUCCAAUCCUGACGCAAUUGGACGUUCGGCAGACGAGCUCCUUAACGCCUGA